AUGGGGACCUUCUCUUCCAAGCCUCCUGUUGCUUCCUCAUUGUCCAUUGGCCUGUUCCAUACCAAUGGGAGCUUCUUGUGUUGUUGUUGGCGAAAUCGACCGGAAACCCAUGAUCUGGUAGAUCUCACAUUUCGUGCACACAAGGCUCCUCAUACCUCAUUUCGGAUCUUCUGCGCAGACCCUAUGACACUAGGUUGGCCAGACCUGGAAAUGCCAGCCUCCCUACAUGCUAGGCUCCUGCUCUGGAGGGACUUGGCCGUUCACAUGCUCUCUAAACUGCGGUACAAUGCCAUCAGGGUAGGUCUACAGAACAAUCAUUGUCCGCAGCUGACCCUGUCAAACUUCAUGUCAGAUAAUGUGGCUUUGGUUGGCAAAACAAUCACAGAUGCAUACUACAAGUGCUCUCAGCCCAAGAAAGCUGCCUUUGCAAAGAAAUGGAUUGAUGGCGGUAUGUUUCUUCAAGAGGACAAGGGCAAGAUUCACUUUCAUCUUAUGUCCAACACAAACACCAACGCAAGAACGAAUCCUGCUGCGGCAACGAACUCAAGGACAACUUAG